AUGUCAUCCUCGCCCAGACUUAUUCCUGAGUGGAAGGACUUGAAACUCCUCAUAAAUAAUAUCCUGAACGAUAUAAAGGCCACUCUUCUCUCUCAGGUUGAUGGAACACCAAAGAAUGAUCUGGUUGUACUCAGUGACUGGCCUGAGACUUUAUAUCAGGAGCCGCAUCAUCCCCAGAACAAGCCUUUCAUUUGUUUCUACUCUAUCAAUGUCAAUUAUUUUGUCUCCUUAAACUGGGUGGAACCACAUUCAACACAAAUGCAGGCAGUACUUUGGAUACAGAAAAAAGAUAGAGAAAUGGAAGGAAUGAUAGAGAAGAUGAAGUUUCACGUGAUGGAUCAAGUGCCACCCAUCCAAGCAAUGGUCCAUGCAGGUUCCCACCACAUGUUAAUUGCUUACUGUGGUGACAUGCGCCUGUGGCUCUUUGGAGAUCACCAUCAAGCAUUCACAUCUCUGGGUACAGUUCCCUGCCGUUUCUCCAUCAGCUGCCUCUGCUACGACUCAGAAACUGAGAUGUUACUUUCUGGUACCUUGGGGGCUGUAAUUACCUGGUUUAUCCUACCAAGCAGCAGGGGCCUCCAGAUGGCACAAACAGUGCCCAUGCCUGGUCAUGAGCUUGUACAGGGUUUUUCCCUGAAUGGUCCCCAGGGCUCCCUCCUGGCCUUUUGUGAGAAUAAGGUGAGAGUCUUCACCCACCAGGGUCAGGGCCAGCUGGAAGAGGUAAAGAAGUUCGCUCCCAUAACCAGUGGUUCCUCCAUCACCUGCUCCUUCACUUGUGUCUCUCAGGGCUAUUUCUAUGCUGGAAACAGGGAUGGAGAGGUCCAUGCUUGGGGGCUAGAUCGGGGCAAUUUCCUCCACAGCUUCCAGGCCCAUUUCUCAUCAGUGAUAUGUAUCCAUAGCCGGCCGGAGAUGCACACCUUACUAACGGCAGGCAGUGAAGGUGAACUGAAGGAAUGGAAUCUUGCUUUUGGGAACUUGCUGCGGCAGCUGGUUAUUGGUGUGAAUCUGCAGCAACUGCACUUUAUUGAUAACAGCACUUUCUUCUGUCAGACCACCUACACUUUCUCAUUGCACCACCUGCCUUGCUUUUAUAGCCUCUUCAGUGUUUGUGGGUCUGCUCCCCAGCAGGUGCAGCGUGUCUGCUGUGGCCGUAAUUGGACCCGGAUCCUAUGUGCCACUAAGGAUGGUUUGUUGCGCUUCUUGUCUCCAGUAACAGGAGAGAUUCUUGUUAUCACUUGGCCUCUACUUGUCAUGGAUAAGGCUGUGGCUUGGGCCUAUGACUCAGACAGAGAGGAGCUCUUUGUGGCAACAAACACUUCAGAAGUGCUGGUGUUCGAUGCAACACGCUCGCCUUGCACAGCCAAGUAUCUUAUGUGCACUUCAGUAAACCUUGAGGAUAGAGUAAGAUGCCUGGCCUACGGGCAGUCUCAUUUGGGUAAGGGCCUCGUAGGAUUGAUGUUCUGUGGGCAUGAGAGUGGCAUUGUGAGAAUCCUCUCCCACUAUAGCUGUGCUCGAAUAGAGAAGACUGUUCACUUGGGGGCAGUACUAGCACUGUCUACCCUGGAAGGUCCCCAGGAAAACUCCUUUCUCUGUUCCUAUGGCAUGGAUGAUAUCGUACAGCUGUCAGAAGCUGUGCUUCAGGAGAACAAGGUCAUCUUGCAGCCUAUCAGUAAAAUUCUCUGUAAUUGCCCCCUAAAAUAUGUAAUACUCUUGCCGGGUUCUGUGGGUGCCAUCACCGAGGACCACUGCUGGUGUCUCUGCCACUACCAAGAUUGUCUGACACCUUCAGAAACAAAACUAAACUCUACGUUUAAAGAGAUCAAAUACCUGCACCAGUGUGCCAUCACUUCAUUUGAUGUCUGCUUUUCCCUGAAACUUUUUGUCACAGGAGGCAUUGAUGGCUCAGUCCGGAUCUGGGACUUCCAUGGUAGACUCAUAACUGGGUUUGACUCAGCAUUGCAUUUUGGCCCACUCUGCUUUGCUAAUAAUCGGGGUGACUUGCUUUUGACUUUUAAUCAGAGUCUUUACCUGGUAUCCUGCUUAAAAUUGCUCCCUCCAGCUCUGCUGAUUCACUUAGCUAACCUGAACAAUGCAGAUGAAAUACAAGAAGCCCCUAAACCCUUCCUACCUAGCUUCUUCUUUUCAUUUGAAACAGUAUUUGUACCCAAAUUUGUCUGCCUUGGACAAGGGCUGCAGGAAUUACAAGGACUGGAAGCCCUGGUUAACAAACGGGCCAUCGCCUUUGACAAUACUGUGCCCCAUGUUGUAGAGGAAGAGAGACAGAUCUCCUUUGUGAUACAAAAAAAACCCAAACUACAUUCUUUGGAGGAUAAGGAUAUUACUCUUGACCCCAAGCAGAAUCGUCCCCGACGAGCGGUUCCUGCUCAAUUACGGCUGGUCGGCUGGGAUGGAUUGAACCCCUACCAUAUAUUACGGUGCUUCUUUGGUCAAGGGCGGCAAUGGCUCUUUGCUCCUGAUGGCUACAUCCCCAACUCAGUGGUCCGUGCCCGCCUUUGGCCUGAGGGCACCCCAAUCUUCCUACUCUGUGAUCUGUACCCACCCUAUAGAGAUAAAACUGAACUCUUCAGACGCCAGGCACUGCCACCUAUUACUCUGGCAAAAGAAAAAAUCUCAAAGAGUAAACAGAAGGACAAAUCCAAGUGGAAACAAACUUUCAUUGAUGUUCUUGUAAACAUGACAAAACUAAAUUGGAUAGGACGAAAAUUUGAUGAAGGACUUAUAAAUAAUUUAAUCGAGACUAUACUCAACCUCACAAUUUACUGUUCUGUAGAGCAAUACAAGACAUAUAUUAGUGUCCUGGCACAAAUUUUUGCCACUCAUCAAGUACCUUCAAAUCUGCACUAUGAGACUACCUGUCGUCUCCUGGAAGAUACAACCCAUUCCAGUUCACAGGUCCGUGAGCUAGCGUGGGAGGGGCUAGAGAGGCUAGGCCUCAUGAGCCGUCUCUUUCUUAUUCCACUGGCUAUGGGAUUGAUGGACAGGGCUGAAAAUGUGCGGGCUAAGACCUUAUGCCUUAUGAUAAAAGUCACAGGCAUCCAAACGAAGAGCAUGCUGGUAAGCCUGCUGAAGAAACAAGAGACUUUCCAGGAAAUGCAGCAGAAAUUUAUUGGAGAAGUCUCUCUGGACCGGCUUCUGGGGAUUCAAGCUAAAGAUAUCCGAUACUUGCUUAGUCAGGUGGAGUGGCAGCUAAAUGAAAACCUGAUGUUGUCACAUAGAAGCCAACAAUUGACUUUUGAUGUAUCAAAGGCUGAUAAACUUGAAGCCCCUGUUGAACAAACAUUCAUACCUUCAUCAGAACCUGAAAAGAUCACCAAACUGGAGAAAAGAAUGACACAUGUUGCAGCAAAGAGCAGAAACCUUAUUAAAAGAACUUUAGGCCUAGCCAAAUCCAAAGUGGAUGCUGAAUCAAAGGAGAUCAUGUUGGAAGCCUCAGAAGCCAUGGAAGACACAGAAGAUAUGGAGGUCACAGAGGCAGUGGAGGCCACAGAGGCAGUGGAGGACACAGAGGCAAUAGAGGCCACAGAUAUGAGAGCCACAGAUCGAUAUAGCAUGAAAGAUUAUGGAAAGACGAUCCUUAAGCCAGAAAGACGAGAAUACAUAGAAAAGCUUUGGAAUAGGGAAGAGGAGGAACCAGGUGAGGAAAAAGAGUGGCUGGGUGAGGAAAAGGAGCUGGGUGAGGAAGAGGAGGGGCCGGAUGAGGAAGAGGAGUUGCGUAAAGAAGAGAAGGGGCCCGGUGAGGAAGAGGAGGGGCCGGGUGAGGAGGAGGAGCUGCGUGAAGAAGAGAAGGGGCCUGGUGAGGAAGAGGAGGAGCCCCGUGAGGAAGAGAACGGCCUGGGUGAGGAAGAGUCGCUGGGUGAGGAAAAGGAGGGGCCGAGUGAGGAAGAGGAGGGACCCGGUGAGGAAGAGGAGUGGCUGAGUGACGAAGAGGAGCUGGGUGAGGAAAAGGCGGGGCCGAGUGAGGUAGAGGAGCUGGGUGAGGAAGAGGAGGGACCCGGUGAGGAAGAGGAGUGGCCGAGUGAGGUAGAAGAGCUGGGUGAGGAAGAGGAGGGGCCGGGUGAGGAAGAGGCGGGGCCCGGUGAGGAAGAGGCGGGGCCCAGUGAGGAAGAGGAGGGGCCGGGUGAAGAAGAGGCGGGGCCCGGUGAGGAAGAGGAGGGGCCGGGUGAGGAAGAGGCGGGGCCCGGUGAGGAAGAGGAGCUGCGUGAGGAAGAGGAGGGGCCGGGUGAGGGAGAAAGGGAACUGGCUUGGGAUGAGGGGGAACUAAUCCUGGGCACAGAGAAACAAGUUAAAAAGAAGAAAAAGUCCCGUAGAAAGAAACACGUCCAGGGUAUAGAAAAACAUGUUGCGGUAGAGGCCUGGAAGGAGGGGAAACUGGCCCAGGAAGAGGAACAUUUGUCUAGAGAAGAAAAAGAGCUGACUGGGGAAGAGAGAAAAUGGGCAUUAGAAAGGGGCAACUUGGUGGAAGGAGAAAUUAAAUUGACGAGAAAACAAAAGGAAUGGUUAGUGAAGGAGGAAAAAGCAGCCCGUAAAAAGAAAGAAGUCCAAGAAAAGAAAGUUGGGAAACAGGAGAAAGAAGACCAGAAAGAGAGGCACGCUAAGAAAGACGAGGAAAAGGCCAAGGACAAACACUCAGCCUGGCAAAGAAAGAAACUGGGCCUAGGAGAGGAAGGGUUUGCGGAAAUGGAGAUACUGUCGCAAGAAGAUAAACGGACUCAGGAAAAGAUGGAGAGCCUGAGCAAGGAGGAAGAGAGCCUGAGCAAGGAGGAGGAAGAAGAGGAGAGCCUGAGCAAGGAGGAGGAGGAGGAGAGCCUGAGCAAGGAGGAGGAGGAGAUGGAGAGCCUGAGCAAGGAGGAAGAGAGCCUGAGCAAGGAGGAGGAAGAAGAGGAGAGCCUGAGCAAGGAGGAGGAGGAGGAGAGCCUGAGCAAGGAGGAGGAGGAGAUGGAGAGCCUGAGCAAGGAGGAAGAGAGCCUGAGCAAGGAGGAGGAAGAAGAGGAGAGCCUGAGCAAGGAGGAGGAGGAGGAGGAGAGCCUGAGUGAGGAGGAAAGGGAGAGCCUGAGUGAGGAGGAAGAGGACGAGGAGGAGGAGAGCCUGAGCGAGGAGGAGGAGGAGAUGGAGGAAAGGGAGGAAAGGGAGGAAAGGGAGAAGGAUGAGGAGAGCUUUACUAACAGACCAUGCUACUCAGAAGCAAGCUUCCCAGAUGAGGACUGGAUCAAUAGUGCCUUAGUAAGGGUGGAAGCAGGAGAGCAACUUUCCAGGGACAGCUUCCAUAGACUAAACCAGUUCCUCAGAGACUUCACUUCAAAGGGAUACUUGAAAUGGAUGCAUCUGUCCAAUCUUAAAGCCAUUGCUAAACACUUCAGGCAAGACCUAGAGGUAAGUCACCCAGAUCUAUCACAGUCCUUUAAGGAUGUUUCAAGUCCACUACACUUAAAAGUGAUCCCUCCAAUUAGAAAAGAAAAAGAGAGCUGGCUAGAGCCAAUCCCUAUCCCUGAACCGAAACCACUGCCCAUCCCUGUACCAGUAUUACCAUCAACAACCAAGAGGAUUCCAGACACAAAGGCUGUAAGUUGGGAUCUUCUAGGAGAACCUUACAGGACUGCACGGGCACAACAGUUAUCUAAUGCUCUCAGGCAGAUGGAGAUGCGACACUUUUAUCCUGCCCCUAGAGACACUUUCAUGGGUGCUCAUGCCUCUGUGGACAAACAAACCCUAGCGCUGAUGUUUCAGAAGGAUCUCAGGGCUUUUAAAGGUAAAGGCAGGCCCCCCAAAUUGCCCCAGUUGGAGAAGGCUCAGCCCAGCUCUAAAAAGAAGGAAGAUGUGCCUCUAUGGGAGACGUUCGUGGCACUGUACCAUGUUUUGCAGAUGUUGCAGAAGCGAUACGCAGAAGACAGUGCUGCUUGGAUGGAACAGUUCUACCAGCUCAUGGACCUGUACCAACUUAAGUCCCCUGGAAUCCAGAGGCUUCUACUAGAGUUGCUGCAGAGAAAGGAACUCCAACCCCAAGAGACCAUCUACAAAAAGGCCCUGAAAGCCAAGGAGCUGGUGCUUGGUGAGCGGUUAUUCUAUGGCCUGUUUUGUGGUAGUUCCCAUGCUCCUGCAGGUCCCAGGUUCCAGAAUGUUGUACCCCUUCCUGGGAAGAACAAGGUGCAUACUAUCCAACCUGUGGGCAUCGCUCAGUAUGGGUUCCUAGAACUUGCCUGGAAAAGCCUGCCACAAGUCAAUCCUUACCUUAAUGAGAGGCUGCCCAACAUCCCUACUCCUACUCUCUGA